AUGUCUCUGUACGGCGAUUUACCUCCACCCACACGUUCAGCGCCAAAUGCGGACAAAGAGGAAACUCAGCAGUCCUCUGUGGAGGCGCAAUCGAGUCCGAAAACCUCAAAAUCUGCUCUCCCAGCUGGUUGGACUCCAGGAACGUUACGUUUUAUGCCUACUAUUCAACGAAAACCUGUCAUUCAAGCAAAACCGAAGCUCAAUCCAAAAAUACAAGCUUCAUCGUCUCAGAAUGCAACGACCCCUUCGGCUUCUUCGAACCAAGCCUCCAGUUCGACGUCAAGCUCAAGCAUUGUCGCAUCGUCUUCUCUUCAACCUUUCCCUAGCGAAAGUGGCCCAAUUGUACCGCCUACGUCCGUCGUGACCUCUUCUCCCAAGCAGCCAGUUGUUUCGGAUGAAUUAAACGAACAUAAACCAGCAGCAUUUAACAGUCAACGAAAUCUUCGCAGUUCUUUUGAAAAAGGAAAGAAACCCAUAAAAGGAGUUAAAAGGCAAGUACCAUUGUCAUACGAGGAUGAAUAUGAUCCCACGCGCCCGAACGAUUAUGAAGAAUUUAAAGAGUUUGAAAAGAGACGCCGCGAAAAUGAAGUAUACAGGCUUCAUGAAGAAAGAGUUAGGUCAAGAUCAAUGAGCGUUGAUUCGGAUAAACAUUCACCACCUCGCUCUUUCCCUCCACCACCAUUAUUGUAUUCGGAUUCUCCUCCUUCUUCAAAAGCAAGUGAAGUUUCUGCAGAUGCUCCAGUUGUACGUUCUCCUCCCGUUAAGCUAGAUUUAGAUAUCUCUGGUGAAGAAGCAUUUUUAAGAAGAGCGCGCUUGAGUAAUCGUGUUAACGAGAUCACUCAAAAAUCUCCUGAGUCUAAAGUUACACCACCGAACUCUGGCGAAGACUUUGCUCACCGUAUGCUUGCUAAAUACGGCUGGCAGGAAGGCCAAGGGUUAGGGAAAAAUGAGCAGGGUAUUAGUGAACCAUUGACAGUCCAGAAAACGGUUAAAGGUUCAGGAUAUAUCGUCAACACAUCAAGUAAUUCUAUAGCGAAAACGGAUACUAAACCUAUACCUAAGGCUGAACAAGUUUCUAAAGCUGUUCCAAAUUAUGAAGUUCCGUCAAGAGUGAUUAUGCUUACAAACAUGGUUGGUCCUGGAGAAGUUGAUGACACUCUUCAAGAAGAAACAGCGGAUGAGUGUAAUGAAAAAUAUGGAGCGGUAGAGCGCUGUCUUAUUUUUGAAGUUCCUCACGGAAAGUUACCAGAUGAUCAGGCAGUGCGAAUUUUUGUUAAAUUCGUGGAUCAGGUCGCUGCAUUAAAAGCAAAAAAAGAUCUUAACGGUCGGUUCUUUGGAGGCCGCGCUGUUUCUGCCAGGUUCUUUGACGAGGCGAGGUUUGAUAAACUGGAUCUGGCUCCUUCACCAGCCGAAUUCCAGAUGGUUUGA